AUGCCCCUCGUCGCAAGACUCUCGAGACCACUCUCAUCAACCCUCGCCACCAGACUGCCACUCGCCUCAUCCCGCACCCCGCGUCUGUUCCACACCUCGCCGCACCUCGCCCGGACCCUCAGCCCGGCCCCUCACUUCACAAUGGCCUCCUCCUCCUCCUCGGUCCCGCAGACCAUGAACGGCAUCCGCAUCCCCCGCACCGGCGGCACCGACGUCCUCGACCACCACACAGACCUCCCCGUCCCCGUCCCCGCCGCCGGUGAGGUCCUCGUCCGCAACGCCUACGCCGGCGUCAACUUCAUCGACACCUACUUCCGCACCGGCCUCUACCCGGCGCCCCUCCCCAUCGUCCUCGGCCGCGAGGGCGCCGGCACCGUCGUCUCCGCCCACUCCACCGUCGACCCGGACGCCUUCCGCCCCGGCGACCGCGUCGUCUACAUGGGCAACUUCGGCUCCUACGCCGCCUACUCCGCCGUCCCCGCCGCCCAGCUCGUCCGCGUCCCCGACGCCCUGCCCACCGAGACCGCCGCCGCCGCCUUCCUCCAGGGCCUCACCGCCUGGACCUUUGUCCGCGAGGCCGCCGAGGUCAAGCCCGACGAGUGGGUCCUCGUCCACGCCGCCGCCGGCGGCGUCGGCCUGCUCCUCGUGCAGAUGCUGCGCGCCGUCGGCGCCCGCGUCAUCGCCGCCGCGAGCACCGACGACAAGUGCGCCCUCGCCGAGCGCAACGGCGCCGGCUGGGUCGUCAACUCGCGCGAGCAGGACCUCGUGCAGGAGGUCAAGCGCAUCACGGGCGGCCACGGCGCCGACGUCGUCUUCGACGGCGUCGGAAAGGCCACCUUUGACGGCGACCUGGAGCUGGCGGCGCGCAAGGGUCGGCUGGUCAUCUUUGGCAACGCGUCCGGCGCCGUGCCCCCCUUCGACAUCCUCAAGCUCGGCCAGAAGAACCUCAAGAUCAUGCGCCCUGUUGUCAACAACUACACCGCCACGAGAGACGAGCUGGAGAAGUACAGCGCCGAGCUGUUCGACAUGAUCACCUCGGGCAAGCUCGAGAUCGCCGUCCACAAGACGUACCCGCUGCGCGACGUCAAGACGGCGCACGCCGACAUUGAGAGCCGCAAGACGACGGGCAAGCUGCUCCUCAAGCACGAAUGA